AUGUCGACCAUUUCUUCAACACCAGUUCUGGAGUCAAAGUCUGCAAAGAAGCGUAAGGCUAAGGUCAAUCCUGCAACCACACCACCUCCUGCAGAAACGCCUAUGGAUGCCAAGGUCAAUGGUACUGCUGACCAUGAAGCUGAAGCUAACAAUAGCAGACAGAUAAGAAACUCCAACAAAAAGCUUGCUUCUAUCACCCGCACGGAAGCUAUCAUCAACGACGCUCCCGGUGUCUCCCUCGACGACUUAAUCAAACAAAAGAAGAUCAAUAAUGAUCAGAAAGCUCAAAUCCUCAAGAAACCUCAAAUUGAAGCCCAACUAGCCCAGUUGGAGGAACAGCAGAAGAACUUUAGUGAAUUCGCUCAAGAUUUGGAAGCUCGACACGACAAGGAGAAAGCUUCACUUGCUGAGGCUCAUAAUGCUGAAAUUGAGAAGGUGAAACAAGAGGCGGUACAAGGUUCUUCUAGCGCAUCUACCAUGAAGGUGCAAGAAGCUCUCCGCAUUACUUGCCAAUUCUUGCAUGCUGUUGCCUCUCAUAGACAAAACGAGGAUUUGGAGGAGAACGAGAAAGAAGCCUACGAAGCUGUUCUUCACCACCUCUAUCAGGGCAAUCACGCCUCGGUGGAAACCGUCACUCAUCUGGUUGAGGGCAGAGAGGAGAAGAUCUCGGAUCCCAACACAUCAAAGACGAUCGAUUACACCUUUGCUCAGCUGAAAGCCUCUGCAGUCAGUACUCCUUGUGAGCUUGCGGCCAAUGCCGAUGGAGAUGCGGUCGAUGAUUCGGAGGCUGCGCCGGUCACGGAAGACACUGAUGAGCACGAAGAGACCGAGACAGAUCAGACCGUCGCUAACGCAGGUCUGACAGAGCUCGAAGACAACGCUGCCGUUCCCAUUGCUGAGGAAGCCACAAGUGAAGAGUUGCUUAUGGCCGCUCCAGAACAAUCUUCUACUACAGCUGAUGCUGCAAAUGCUGUUGCAGAAGCAUCAUGGAAUCCAGAAGCCUCUAUGACUACCGAGAACACCCAGACAGGUGAAGACUGGGUUCAAGUGCCUCGAGACCCUGCCGAAACUGAGACCUCUGCAACACCAGCUAUGAAUCAGUCAACCACAAACUGGGCAGACGAAGCCGGCGCUGCGGCUGAAGCUACAGCUACUGAAGAGAAGGGUGUUGUCCCAAUUAGUGAAAACGACGGGUUCAGUGAAGUGCGACGAGACAGAGGGGGUCGUGGACGGGGCGGCAGAGGUCGAGGUUCUGACGGACGAGGAAGAGGUCGUGGUCGAGGAGGCGAGUUCAGAGGCAACCGUGGUGGCCGUGGUCGAGGAGGACCACGUGGUGCUGCUCAAGUCCAGGCUGCCUAG